AUGGAUCCGUUAAUCCGUGAAAACAAAGUGCACGCACGUUUAAUAAGUAAUGCACUCAGCAAUUUUAAAAAACUGGGGAAGGCUAAUCACACCCCUGCUGUGAUUCGCGGACGUCUCUCUUUGCUGAAGGACUACUGGAACAAAUUCCAAGCCACGCACAUCCAGAUUGAGGUUGCUGCAACUGAGGAGGAGACCAGGACAAAUUCCUACUUCUCCGAGGACAUCUUCGGCAAUACGGAAGCGGCCUUCCUCUCUGCCCUCGACGCUCUAAUGGCAGCUUUACCUGCGGACAACGAAGCAGCAAGUAACCCUUGUAACAUAAGCUCCGUUUCUUGUCAUCGCGAAUCCGCGCCGUCUGUCAAACUCCCACGCAUUGAAUUGCCUAAAUUCUCCGGGGAUUAUACAGAGUGGGAAAACUUUAGAGAUCUCUUUCACGCGUUAGUGGGUUCAAAUGAGUCGUUAUCCGACGUGCAAAAGUUGCACUAUUUAAAAGCAAGUUUGACCGGUGCAGCGUCUCUUUUGUUAAAAAAUGUUUCCACUUCCGCGGCGAAUUACGAAGCUGCGUGGAGGUUGUUGACAGACAGAUACGCGAACGAACGCGCGCUCAUAAAUGCUCAUUUAAAAAUGUUAUUCGACUCACCCCCGAUCGGAUCUGCCGUUUUAAACGAUCUAAGAAGCUUACGUGAUAGAUCUCGCGCCGCUUUAACGGCAUUAAAGAAUUUAUCGCGUCCGGUCGAAUACUGGGACGAUGUGCUCAUUUUUCAUUUUGUCCGUAAGCUGGAUAAAGAGUCCCAUCGGGAGUGGGAGAUGCGUAUGGGCGAAGACGAGUUGUAUCCAUCCCUCGCUGAUUGGGAUGCGUUUAUAAAUGUACGUAUUCGCACCUUAGAAUCGUUGGCGUCUUCGCGCGGUGAAGAAAACAGCUCCUGUAAAGGUAAAACAGGGCCAAUUAAAACGGUUAAAGCUCAUUAA